AUUCCAUAAAACACAAUCUUUAAGUUAUAAACGAUGGCUCUUAAGGAGCUUUAGUUUGUGUAUUGUCUUUAUCUUAUAUUAGGUAAAUAUAGUCUGUUAUUUUGACAUAAUUACACAUUUGAAUCUGCUUGGUAGAAAAACGUUUCUCAUUUUUCACAUUUAAAAUGGUGCGCCCUCGAUAACACACAGGUACUUCGAUAGCAACAGGUGGCAGCAGGUGCUUACUUGCCACUUGCCACCAAUACCAAUUAAGCCACUUUAUGAGCCCAAAACAGGCUUGGGUUUUAGCCAGCUGAGAGCUGCGUGGCCGUAAUACAAACUGGAGUUAGGAUCACCAUGGAAACCAUUUAGUUUGGCUGCCACAGCAAAUGCUAAGAAACAUUGAAAGGACUGAAAGAACCCAAGUGCACUUGCAACACCAAGAUGUUCGUUUAUCUCAGCAAAAAGAUAGCCAUACCCAAUAAUGUGAAGCUCAACUGCAUAGCCUGGAACAAGGAGGAGGGCUACAUCGCAGUGGCCGGGACGGAUGGACUGCUCAAGGUCCUGAAACUCGACCAAGCCACUCCCAAUGGCCAGAACAAAGGCGGCCUGGCCGCCGUUUCCAAUCUGUCCAUGAACCAAACCCUAGAUGGCCACAAGGAGUCGGUGCGGGUGGUCACGUGGAACGAUGCGCAGCAGAAGCUGACAUCCUCGGACACGGAUGGGGUGAUCAUGGUGUGGAUGCUGUACAAGGGAUCCUGGUACGAGGAGAUGACCAACGACAGGAAGAAGUCCACGGUGGCCAGCAUGAGCUGGACCUCGGAUGGAUCGCGGAUCUGCAUUGUCUACGAGGAUGGGGCGAUUAUAGUGGGUUCUGUGGAUGGCAACCGCAUCUUUGGCAAGGAGCUGAAGGGCACUCAUCUGACUGGCGUGCAGUGGAGUCCGGAUAAUCGGCUCAUCCUGUUUGCCUUGGCCAACGGCGAGUGUCAUCUGUACGAUAACCAAGGGAACUUUGCUAUGAAGCUGCACAUCCAGUGCGUGAACAUAAGUGGCGGCUCCUCCUCCAGAGGUCACCGCAUAGCUAGCAUCUGCUGGUUCAGUGGCAGGAUCCCCCAGAGUCGAAAGCGUCCAGUUCUGGCCAUUUGCUAUGAGAACGGCAGGGUGCAGAUCAUGAGGAAUGAAAAUGACGAUGCGCCCGCAAUCUUCGACACUGGGAUGCGCAAUGUGGACGCCAAGUGGAACCAUGACGGCACUGUGCUGGCCAUUUGCGGAACCACCAUGGACGCUGUGAGUCCGACCUCGCAGCGUGACUCCAACCAGGUGGGCUUCUACUCGCCGCUGGGCAAGAUCUACCGCACUCUGAAGGUUCCUGGCAAUGACAUCACUUCGCUCAGCUGGGAGGGCAAAUCCUUGCGGAUCGCCAUGGCCGUGGACUCGUUUAUCUACUUCGCCAACAUCCGACCGGACUACAUCUGGUGCUACUUCGAGAAGACCGUGGUGUUCCUGAACAGCGGCAGUGCAACCAGGGAUUCGCCCAUGAGCGUGAUCACCUUCUGGAACACCGUCUCCAAUCAGAGUUUCCUUAAGGAGGUGGAGCCCACCUUGUGCCUGGCGUCCAGCAGUGAGCACUGCGUCCUGGGAGUCGAGUGUGUCAGCAGCAACAUCAAGGAGAUUGCGCUGAGCACCCUGGAGAAUCGAAGUAAUCCUGCAGACGACAGGGUUUACCAGUUGCUGCUCUGCAACUCCAUUGGCACCACUGUCGAUUCCAAGUACACGGAUAUUAGACCCUGCUUUGUGGGCAUCAACUCGAGCUAUGUGGCCAUAGCCUCCCAGGAGGAGAUUCUCAUUUGGCACUACCACACUCCCAAGAGUGCCUCCACCCUGCACAACGUCAAGGCGCGCAAGGAGAAGCGCUUCCACAUCGACGACACACCCACGGGAGUGGAGAUGGCCAAGGACCUGAUGCUGAGCAGUAGCAGUGGCGAUGGUCACUCCACGCAGCGGGGAAUCAGUGACCCAAUCUGUGCCCUGGCUCUCUCCGAGAAGCUGCUUCUUGUGGCCAGGGAAUCUGGCGCCAUCAACGAGUACAGCAUAGCCAAUGUGGCACUGAGGAACCGCCACCUCAUGAACUCCAAGGUCUACAAGAUGGCUAUCAACUGCAACUCCACGCGAGCUGCCAUUAUCGACCACAUGGGCGUGAUGACGCUGCUCGACCUGGACGACAACAGGGAGACGCAACUCAACUUCAGUCGGGUUGAGCGCAAGGACGUUUGGGCCGUGAGUUGGGCCAAGGAUAACCCACUGCUGCUGGCUCUGAUGGAGAAAACGCGCAUGUACAUCUUCCGGGGCAAUGAUCCCGAGGAGCCCGUAUCCUGCUCCGGCUACAUUUGCACCUUCGAGGACUUGGAGAUCACCAGUGUACUGUUGGACGACAUCAUCAGCGUGGGUGAGCUGCAGAAUUCGUCGCAUGUCAUCCAGCUGAGGGUAAAGUCCCUGCGUGAUACCGACGAUCUGCUGGAGCACGUGGGACUGGAGGAUGCCAAGCAGUUCAUUGAGGACAAUCCGCAUCCGAGGCUCUGGCGCCUGCUGGCAGAGUCUGCCUUGAAGAAACUCGAACUGGAGACGGCAGAGAACGCCUUUGUGCGCUGUGCCCACUACCCGGGCAUCAAGUUGGUCAAGAGACUGCGUACCAUACACUCCAAGGAGCUGCAGAGGGCGGAGAUAUCAGCCUUCUACGGAGAGUUCGAGGAGGCGGAGAAGCUCUACCUGGACGCAGAUCGUCGGGAUUUAGCCAUAGAGCUGCGCAUGACCCUUUGCGAUUGGUUCCGCGUGGUGCAGCUGUACAGGAUGGGUGGAUCGGGCGUGUCGGACCAGCAGAUGGAGAUCGCUUGGCGAGAGAUUGGCCACCACUUCGCCAACCUGCGCUCCUGGGAGAGUGCCAGGGAGUACUACGAGAAGUCACACUAUCUGGAGGGCUACAUGGAGGCUCUGUAUCACUUGGAGCAGUUCGACGACUUGGAAAAGUGCGUGGAACGGCUACCGGAGAAGAGCCCACUGCUUCCGAAGCUGGCCGAGAUGCUGGCCUCCGUGGGCAUGUGUUCCGAGGCAGUUCAAGCUCAUCUACGAUUCGGUGACCAGAAGGCCGCCGUCUCCACCUGCGUUAAUCUCCGGCAGUGGGGCGAGGCUGUGGAGCUGGCCCAGCGGUUCCAGCUGCCCCAGGUGCAAACGCUCAUAGCCAAGCACGCGGCUCAGUUGCUCCAGGAGGGACGUCUCAAGGAAGCCAUAGAGAUGCAGAGGAAUGCAGGACGCCAUCUAGAUGCAGCUCGCCUGCUUUCCCAAAUGGCAGAACGGGAGCAGGAGAAGCGGGCUCCACUGCUGAGAAUCAAGAAGCUGUACGUGCUGGCUGCUCUGUUGGCGGAGGAGCACCUUAAGGCGGUGGCCACGCCGGAGAUCGACUACGCCAGCGGCAGGAACACCCUACUGGACUCCAUUGCCCUGGAGGAUGCGGCCGCCAUCGAGAGGCUCUGGCACUGCGCUGAGGCCUACCACUUUAUGCUCCUUGCCCAGAGGCAGCUUCGAUUCGGGAUCAUCCACAGUGCGGUGGUCACGGCGGUAAGGCUGCGUGAGUACGAUGACGUCCUGCCUCCGGAGCACAUCUACAGUCUGUUGGCUCUGGCCAGCUGUGCGGAUCGGGCCUUCGGUACCUGCUCCAAGGCGUUCAUGAAGUUGGAGCAACAGGGUCAUCUGCCGGAGGCUACCCUUCAACGGUACGAGGAACUGGCGGCAGGGAUCUUCGCCAAGUACGAUCCGGAGGACACUGUUGGCGAGAAGGUGGAUUGCUAUUCCUGCGGAGUGCCAGUGCCUGAUAGCUCACCCUCCUGUCCCGAGUGCAAUGCUCGUUUUCCGGCAUGCAUUUCCUCCGGAAAGCCCAUCACCCAGCCGACGAACAACAUUUGGAUCUGCACCACCUGCCACCAUUGUGCAGCUCCCACGGAGAUCUCAAGGCACCGAACUUGCCCACUGUGCCACAGUUUGAUAGUGUCCAUGACAGUGGAGAUCUGAACUAGCCGGGGACUAGUAUUUUAGUUACUCCAUCUUCUUUUUUGUG